UGCCAGAUUGCUGCAAGGAACAAUUCAAACCAGCAACCCGGGAAAGUGUUUGGAUGCUCAAAUUGGGGAAUGGCGGUCAACGUGUACUCUACCUCUAUAACCCAAGAGACUAUGAGCAGACAUGACAUCAUCGCAUGGGUUAAUGAUAUAUUAGCUUUAAACUACACAAAAGUCGAACAACUCUGUUCAGGAGCCGCUUACUGCCAGUUCAUGGACAUGUUGUUCCCGGGGUGCAUUAGCUUGAAGAAGGUGAAGUUUCAAGCCAAGCUGGAGCAUGAGUACAUCCACAACUUCAAGCUUCUGCAGGCAUCGUUCAAAAGAAUGAAUGUGGACAAGGUAAUUCCGGUGGAGAAACUGGUCAAAGGGCGCUUCCAAGACAACCUGGAUUUCAUUCAGUGGUUUAAGAAGUUCUUUGAUGCUAACUAUGAUGGGAAGGAGUACGAUCCCGUGGAAGCUCGACAAGGCCAAGACGCUCUGCCCCCACCAGAUCCCGGUGAACAGAUCUUCAACCUGCCCAAAAAGUCCCACCACGCAAACUCUCCCACUGCGGGUGCUGCUAAGUCCAGUCCGGCUUCUAAGCCAGGAUCAACACCUUCUCGCCCAUCUUCAGCAAAAAAAGCUGCCCCAAGCAGCUCAGCAUCCAAAUCAGAUAAAGACUUGGAAACUCAAGUCAUACAGCUCAGUGAACAGGUACAUUCGUUAAAACUUGCACUCGAAGGCGUGGAGAAGGAGAGGGAUUUCUACUUCGGCAAACUGAGGGAGAUCGAACUUCUCUGCCAAGAGCAUGGGGGAGAGAAUAACGACCUUGUCCAGCGGCUAAUGGAAGUUCUCUAUGCCUCAGACGAACACGAGGGCCACACGGAAGAGCAGGAGGGUGAGGAGCAAGUGCACGAGCAGCCCCCGCAGCAGGAGGAGUACUGACUGGCCCRGCGGCUCUGGCAGUGUGCGUGCUGUGUGAGGACUUUCUUCUGGAGAACGGAGCGCGCGUGGCCUCAAACKCGGAAUCCGUUCCCUCCCGGCCUGCCGUUAACAUCCGUGUCCCAUAGUGAGUGCCAGCCAGCCGCUGCAGUCUGUACCCACAUUUGCCAAGGCGCGUUUGCAGCAGUCUUCUUCCCGUGUAUCUUCCCAAAAGGUGGUAGGGCGACAUCGCCUACUGUGCGUCACUGCAACUUCACCACUUGGCUGCUUGAGAUUUGUUCUGCUCUUUAAAAAAUAUAUAUAUUUAUUUUUUUUUCUUUUUGUCUUAAGUAUGAUACACUUGUAACUUGUUCUAACAUAUUUAUAUUGGCAUUUUUGUGUGGCAAGGAGUACCGUACCACUAGCUGUGUCUCUCACUUYGUGGUGCUUUGGCGUUUUCUAGUACAUCUGCCUCGGGGCAUACAUUCGGUCAAACAAUUGGAAGGAAGGGAUACAGUGGGAGUUACACUCAAGCCAUAACGAUGACGUGUUGUGGAGGAGAAAUGCUUGUGUUGCUCACGUUUAGUCCUUUCCUGCCUUCACAGAACGGAAGGCAAAACAUCUGUCUCACUAGGAAAGAUUAAAACCCUUGUGUUAGAAAGCUUGUUAGAAAGCUGCAUGAUCUGUUUUUUGACUUAUUUCCGGGGGAUAGACAUCCACAUGAGUUUUUUGAAAACCCUCCCAGUUUCUUGACUAGUCAACAGACAUUUCCCAGCUUUUCUUCCUUCCCGAGGAAUUCUGCCCAGCCGCGGCUCCGCAUCCGCAGGGCUCGGGGCUGAGGCAGGAGAGAAACCUGCUCGCUCAAGUGGUGGCUGCAGGAGCCCCUCUCCAGCCUCAUCCCCGACUUCCCGCCCCCGGGAGAGGACGGCCCAGGCCACCCCUUGCUUCCCGAUACCUUUUCCCUGCCGCCCUCACCACGCAAGGGUGGGGGACGGGAAAUUUGCCCGGCCGUGCCAGGGAUGUUCACCCCUUGCCCAGGGGGAGGCCUGGCAGCCCCCGCGCCCCCUCGGAGCCCCCCGGAGCUGUUGAGGCUCCGUGGGAGGCAGCAAGGGGCGCCCCUGGAGGAACCCGCUGACCGAGGGACGGAAGCAGCUCCGUGCUUGGCCGACCACCCUCCAGCAGUGCAGACCCACAUCCGACCUGCCGCCGUCUGCGCCCACGGCGCCUUCCCAGGAAGGGCCCUGUUCUAAAUGACGGUGUUUUCUAAACAGAAGUAUCUUAUUGUGUCACAAAACAUUCCUGAGUUUCAUCUUAAAACCGUGCGUUCCAGCCUCUCUGAGUAUUUAAAGCUUGGUGUUCUUGGUCUCUCGCACGAUCACUUAGUUCUGGGCCUGGUUUAGYAGGUACGUGGAAGUCCCAUCCCGGCCUCCAGUCACCGAGACACCCAAAAGCCUCCU